GACCGCGUCGCGGCAUCUCCUCCGCUGGAAGAUACGCCUAAAAGUGUACGCGUCCAUCCAUAACGAUCACAAUUAACAUUAAUUAUGUUCUCCCCCGAUCCAUUAACAAGGUCGGCCGCGACGUCUGCAAGCAUUGUUUAUAGGAAAAGUGUCGCGAGCGUGGAUUAAAAAACGUUUGAACCGGGUUUCGUAUAACGUGGGAGGGUUCUAAUAAAGGUCCCAAGGUCAGUUUUGUACAAUAAGUGAAGGGGGAACUGAAUUUGAAAAAGUCACGACGGUAACCAUCGCGUCCCGGUCGGUGAAUUUUCGCUGCGACGUCGAGGAAAACGUACAAUUUGGAGUUUUAAGUCGCCAUUUUGAAGCGAAAGUCUCCAUUUUGGCAGGGAAACUGCGAAAUGAAGGUUAAAAAGUGAAAAUUUAAGUGCGUACCCAAUUUCACGUGGUAAUUCUCUGAAAAUUAAUCCACGGACUCCAUUUCGAGGCCGAGUCGUCGGCUUAAAGGGAAAGUCUUCGUUAUGCAGCGGAGGCCGGGGAAUGCGUUUAAAACGAGAAAAUUCCGCUCCGAAGCCAUGUUCCGGUAAAUAAUUUACCUUUAAAGGACCAGGUUUGAGGUUACGUGUCGCCAUUUUGGAACAAAAUUUGAAUGUCAAAUUCGAAUAGCCGGGGUGUAUCCGUAAGAUUUCGGCCACUCAUCAAGCUAUAAAUGCAUACAUGAAGGAAUUCCCAUCGAAAUCAGCUUUAAACAGUCUGCUGGAAGGUGACGACGUCGAUCUACAACAGAGAUUCAGUCGUCAAAACUGUAAAAUAAAUGCGAAACGAAAAGCUCGUCGAUUAUUCGUUAAAACAAUUUAACGAGCGAAACGAGUUUCGACCGAAUCACCGGAGAGAAUCACUUUGCGGGAAGGGUUCGAUUCGUAAAUUCGACCGCGUGAUAACAGUAAAAAAUUAUCUAAAUCGCUCUAUCGCUCUAUCUGCGAAGCGUUUCGCAGAAGAUAUCGAGACCUGAACGAGGCUUCGAGUGAGAGUCACAAGUAAUUUGCCAAAUACAUAUGGUGUUUGAACGGUGGUUCGCAAUACGUAAAGUGUCUGAACGAGUGCUGAAACCAAUUGUAAAUAGAAUUCGAAUUAAGUGUUCGAUGAAGAAAAGAAAAGUUGAAACAGUGUGUCAGUGUCAAACGGAUUUACCGAUUUAUUUAUAACGAUAUAGCAGAAAUCUAAGAAAAAGUCAUGCCCAGGGGAAGAGAGCAAAAUAAAAGGCAAAACUGAAUUAAAACGAAAUUGGAGACGAAAUUAAAAUAAGUCGAACGCAUAAGACGAUGUCUUCCUGCAACCGAGAUGCUAUUUUCAAAUGGCUAAAAACGAUCAUCGAAUCAAAAUAAUAAAUACAAAUUAUCGAAAUAAUAUUCGGUAGAAGAAUAGUGAGAAAGAAAAUUAAUAUGACCUCCCGAAAGAAGAUGGCCUCGAGGAAGCCUAUUAAUUGACUAAUAAUAAACCGCGAGAGCAACGAUAUAAUAUAGCGUGGUAAGUCGGAAGAACGGGGGGCUGGAACAUGGCCUCCUAAGUAGGAAAACACUAAACGCGACAAGGAACCGCAGGACAAUUGAAAACCUGGAGACUUUAAAGGUCCCGAAGAGCGAGCGAAAGAUGACUAUGGCCAGCAACAUAGUGGUGGAGUGGCUCAAGUCCCUCCACUUGGGCCAAUACUCCGAGUCGUUCAUCGACAACGGUUACGACGACCUAGAAAUAUGCAAACAGAUAGGUGAUCCGGAUCUGGACGCGAUCGGUGUAUUUAACCAGUCGCACAGAGCCCGUUUAUUGCAAUCGGUGAAGACGCUCAGGGAGGAGGGAGCGGCCAGCGUUUACUUCACCUUGGAGGAGAACACCGAGUGCAUCUGUGAUAACGCGAGCUCCAAGUCGUCGAGGACCUCAUCGGACAGGCCUAUGAGUGAUAAGGAGCAGAGGGCGUCGCCCACGGCCAGCUCCUCCAGUGGGGGGCAAGAGUUGACCAAGUUCGUCGACGAGUAUGAAGAAGGGAAGGCGGAGCUGGUCAGGAUACCGAAGAUCCAGCUCAGAAUGCUGCUACAGGAGAAAUUGAGACACGACGGCAUCAGACUGGCGUGUCAACCGUAUACAACACCGGAGGGCGAAAGGGGAUAUUUAGAGGGUCUGGCGUCUAGGUACGCGGACCUCUUCAGAACACAUUACGGCGACGUUUUAGAGCCUCUAGAAGAACUGAGACGUAGAGAGACCAGCGCUUCUCCCAGGAUAGCAAAUGCUCCUCAAAUGACCACUAGCCAUUCCCAGCCUAUAUACGUGCCGGGCAAAUACUCGCCGUCGAGUUGUCUGAGCGAUAAGGAAGAGGACGAGAUUUACGGGUUCGGGUACGGUGUGUUCAGUAGACAAAUGCUCCAGCAAAGACAGCAAAAACUGGCUUUGGCAGCGCAAAACACGGCUGCCAUGACUGCCGGCCCGCAUCAGCAACCGUAUCAAAGUUGCCUGAGUCCGAGGUCCGCCUUGUUCUACGAGUUUCCUCCUAACGAACAAGGGCAAACGACGAGUAAGAAGAAGACCACGUUCUCGAGGCUGCUCAGAGGACUGAAGACGCACAGGAAAGAGAAGCAGCAGAUGCAGCAGCAGGUUCAGGGAUCGCCUAGGCACGGGAGAGCGUCCAGAAUGGGAGUGCCUCAAAGAGUGGACACUCCAGACAGCGUUCUGCAAAGUGGUUUGGGUCUGGGCCCAGACAUGGGGCACACCAUAUUGAGAUCCAUGGUGGAUCCAAGGGACUAUGAUCGACUCAGAUAUUUGCAAAUGAACGGCGGUCAAGCCAACAGUUUCGAAGAAACUAUACACAGGUUGAAAGUUCAAGAGGCGUUGAGGAAGAAAGAGAGAUUCCACAAAGAACACGAGGAGAUACUGAGAGACAUUCGACAAGGUCUGAUACAACUCGGCAGAGAAGGAGGUGCUCAUCUUCCCGGAGCUCGGUGUUUGUUAUCUUUAGACGACACUUAUAUGUACGACGAGGACGCGAGGUGCGGGGGCGGGUUGAGCCUGGGUCCAGGCGGGCAGCAUUGGUACGACGAACCGCCGUACGAGUCUGACCCCGAGGACUUUCUCAUGGGAGCCAGCGGAGGUCCCGUGCCAACAGCAACCAUACAGAACGGAAGGGUGUGCUUCACGUUGAACUUGAGACCGGAGAAUCGAGGAGAGGGGGUGAUCUCUCUGAGAACAGCCGGCGAUAUAAGCUUGCCCAGGGACCGUUCUAGAAAGGGUCCCACGAUGCGGGGACUGAUCGUGCCUCAGGGGCACAACAACCCACCUGCCAUCAUCCCCUUGACUCAUUCGAGAGCGUCGAGGGAAAGCGGGGAUUAUGCUAGCAGCGAUGUCCACAGCCGGAGCAGUGGUGAGGAGGGGCUGUCUCCGAGUCAGAGCAGCGACUACGACGACCAGGAAGAGACUGGGAUCGGGCCUGUCGGGAUAGGAAAUCGGCAAUCAACUUCCUCUAUACACGCAUCAGAAGCGUCGGCUCUUCUCGACACCGAAACCACCCCUCGGCCAGGUAUCGCAGGAAGGGCCCGGCACCUUCGCCACGACGUUCAAAGAAAAAUAUCUAGACUGCGACAGGACAGGACUUCUUCGGAAGUGUUCCCGUGCAGCGCGAGCAGCGUCGAAAGUCUUCCCAGCGGGAGUGGAUCCAGCACGCAGGCGUUGGUGCGAGCAGGAAGUAACCACAGCUCGAUAUCUUGCGAAGAGAGGGAUAACAUUAGCCCCACGGGAGGUACUUUUGGGCCUGUUCUGUGCAGAGCCAGAGCACUCGUGGAUUACACCCCCAGUCCUUACGAUAAGGAGGCUUUGAAGUUCAAGAAAGGAGACAUAAUCGACGUUAUCCAAAUGAACAAGAGCGGACUGUGGAAGGGGGUCGUGCACAACAGGAUGGGUCACUUUAAAUUCAUAAACGUGGAGAUCCUAAACGAUCGAGUGCCUAGAAGAGGUGGUGGUGGUGGUGGUGGUGGCGGCGGCGGCGGCGGCGGCACUGAGAUUUCCGAAGGUGGUGCGGGAGAGGUUGCCGGCGAAAGGAGCAGAGGAGGCAAGUGGGGACAGAGAUACAGGCAGAAGCCAGGGUCGGUCCAGGAACUCUUGCAGAGGAUGAAUCUACAGGAACACAUCCCGGUGUUCGUGUUCAACGGAUACGAGGAUCUAGAACUGUUUAGAGAGAUCGAGGCCGCGGACCUUGAUUACCUGCGAAUACAUCAACCGGAGCACAGAGCCAAAAUACUUACUGCUGUGCAACUGUUAAACGACCUCCAAUCCGGAAGCGAAGGAGAUUUGGCGUCCAGUUCCGAGGGCGACGACAUGAGCCGGUUGGCCCCAGCUUCUGGCCAAACCUCGGGUCAUUGUUCGCCGUUCAACCGCAAACAAUUCCCGAGGGACUCGGGCUGCUAUGACGCUCACAAGAAUACGCCGAAUAUUCGGCCGGCGAGUCCGGAAAUCCCGAAGACGAAAAUCACGAGUAGAGAAAACAACUUAGACUCUGGCAGUCUAGUAAAAAAUUCAAAUAUCGAGGGGAGCGAGUCUGGCGAGGCUAAGGAAGAUUUUCACCCGAACAUCCCUAUAAAUUCGAACCUGAAUCAGAAGGAGGCUCAGUUCGAUAAGUCCCCGCUGUUGAGGGGAAGUAACGUUAGGUUCAUCGCUAAGAGAGGAAAUUUCGGCGACACGGUGGUCAUCGAGGAUGGCUGCGAGCAAAAACUGAUCAAAUACGUUGGUAAUAACGAUCUGGAGGGAGCUACUAACAUCUCGACGGUCAGGGGUUGUUUGAGCGAGAAAUCUAGCGACUCCGGGGUGAGCUCGUCUAGUAUCAGUUCUGUGCCCAAUCCCAGGGACAAGUUUGUUAAUUUAGCGUCUUCUGAUUCGCCGACCAAAAAUUUUGGCAAUAUAACGAGAGCGUCGCCGACUUCUCAGACCGGCAAGGACGCUAGCUAUCAAUGAGGACGGGGAACGUGCAGAGGGUAAAGCGGUUUGAAGGUUGCCUUUAGCGAUGUGUUAAUUAUUUUAAAUAUGUACAUAGCCUGCGGAUCGUUAUGUACUACGACGAACCUCACACGUGUAUACGUACGUUUUAAUACAUACAUGCCGUGUCCCAUUUUAAUCUCCGCCCUCCGGUUAAGCCAUAUACAGGUGAUCUCUCGUCUAAAACUUUUUUACACCUUUCGUAUUUCUCGGGAUUAAAUUGGGAGGCUACGCGCGCGCGCGCGCGCGCGCGUCAUUAAUUUAUUUAUUUGUCUCUUCCUGCUCGUUGCGCAUUUGAUACAUUUUUAUGACAACGAUCGACGAUUGUUCGGGCAUAAUCAUCCGCAGUCUAGUCAUAUAAAUGUCAUUGUAAAUAAUCAUUAAUAUCCUAGAGAUACGAAAGUUUACGCUUUGAAAAUUGGUAGAACGCAAUAUUAGAUUUACUUAUGUACCGUAAGUAGCAUCGCGCCGCGUACGCGCCACGUGUAUACUUGUUACAAUCAAAAAUUAAUAUAUGAUAGAAACGAUUUUCCAACACGUAAGCGUAUCGAUGAGUUUUUGUAUAAACGACGACAAGUUCAGUGAAUAACAAGUACGAUUCUGUUUAAGUGAAUUUAAGACCCCCUCCCCCCUGAAACCCCACGCGAAACGACAGUCGAGUAAAUCUGGCGAGUCAUCCUAGUUUACGGCUGAUUUUCGAUUGUAACAAGUUCCCAAUCGUUCUCUUCGAUCGAAAUACCACGAGUAGAAGACGCAUUUUCUAAAUAGGGUAAGGGCUUUCAUACAGAGUUUUUGACUGAACUGAACUACGACUGAUUUUUCAUUUCCCUCGAAACCGCCAUUUUCCUACACGUUUUUUUAGUUUCACUUGAUUCCUGAACGAAAGACGAACAGAGAAACACCCGACUCCCGUAUCACUGCCAACCGGUUCACGAUCUUGUUUCCAAUCGUUCACAUACUUAGAGUAAUACUUAAUAAUAAUUGUGAUAAAAAAGAAAUGCAUUUAUUAUACUUCUCAGUUCGCGUUACCCGCGGCAAGAGGAGGGUUUACAGUAGAAACUACGUAUUUGCAAUUUGUACGCAAUAAAUAAAUCGCGAGGACGGCGAGAAGAAUGUUGAGAGUAACUAUAGUUAAUCGGUGAACAUCGCAGACGUUAAACGAGAAUAUUGAUCUUGCCAGUGUUGAAACGAAGGAAAAAAGAAGACUUAUUCACAAGACUGGUAUUUUCAUCGUUUUCAUUUUAAUACAAAUAUUACCGAUUGUUUUCAACGAGCAAAUAUCGUUCUAAACGAGUACUUCAAUAGUGAAAUACCUUGGACAUAGAUAUAACGUUUAACUAUACGAACUACGCAGCAAUAAAACUUUUGUAACUGUCAUAAUCAUUUGAGUAGGGAACGAGAAUUGUUAAAAGAAAGA